AUGCCUUCUCGUGGACGAGGCUCUGGUGUCGCACCCUCAGGGGGUUGGGACCAGAUUGGAAACGGAGUUUACUUUCUCAACCAGCUCUCCCAAUAUGAGAUCUCCAACCUAAUUCGGGGACUCGAUCAUAAAGACUUCAAGCUUGCACGGGUGUGGCUCUGUUUUGGUCAAGACAACGUGGCUGACGAUUUUUCGGCGACGAACCAUGCGUUCUUGAAAUUUGAUUUGAGACCUUCCAGCCAUCACCGCUGGCUCGGUGUCAAGCUCGAGGUUCGAAAGAAUGAAAUGGACCAAAUCAAGGAUCGAAUUACCGGCCAGAAGUACACAUCUAUUGAGCUGGAAGUGAAUUUCGCAAGCGUUUAUGGUGGAACGACACUGGGAGGGCUCAUCCAGAUCCUCUCCCAAGAACUAUUGCUCAGCUUUGGAUUUUUAACAACGAGGGCGACAUGUGAUGACGAGUUCACCCAAGUUCUGCUCAGCCUCAAAGCUGAAUACCGCAUAACAGGACGUUUGAGGCCCUCAAGCGGGUCUGGACACCUAGCGAUCAGAAAUGGUAACGGACCGUGCACUCCCAUGGACGCGGAUAGUUUCUUCCGUAACAAUGUCUUCAUGGUCCUAUCAUACUAUUUCUCUGAGGCAAGCCAGAAUGGGAAGAGACAGGCUCAUCGCACAGCCAUCCUGGAGGUGGUGGAGGUGGUGGAGGCAGCGGAGGUGGCGGAGGUAGCCAGGGAGGAUCAUCAAGCAGUUUUCCUGCGGGCUACCAGCCAGGGUACCAGCCAGGGUACCAGCCGGGCUACGGGCAAGGCUACGGGCAAGGCUACGGAAGUGGCCAGGGACAGUACGGAGGCGGUUGGGGAGGCUCAUGAAGCGCGGCCUCUGGAGGUUUCCCGACUGCCUACAACCAACAACUUUAUGGUCAAUCUGGCAGGCCUUGGCGCUAGCUUUGCCUAA